AUGAAAAACUGCAAACCUGUUGAUAUUCCUUUGGUGGUGAAUGAAAAAUUAAAAAAGGAAGAUGGUGGAAGAUUAGUAGAUGCAAGCAUGUAUAGAAGUUUGGCUGGAAGCUUGUUUUAUCUAACAGCUACACGACCCGACUUAAUGUUCGCUGCUAGUUUACUCUCAAGGUUCAUGAGUAAACCAAGUCAUUUACAUCUUGGAGCAGCAAAACGAGUUCUAAGGUAUGUCAUGGGAACCAUGGAGCAUGGAAUCAGACUUGAAAAGAAUUCUAAACUUGAAGCUAAAGGCUAUUGUGACAGUGAUUGGGCUGGAAGUGUUGAUGACAUGAAAAGCACUUAUGGUUAUGUGUUCAGCCUGGGUUCAGGAGUAAUUUCUUGGUGUUCGAAGAAACAAGACACUGUAGCACAAUCUUCAGCUGAAGCAGAAUAUUUGGCAGCUGGUUUGGCUACACAACAAUCAUUGUGGUUGAGAAUAAUACUUGAAGAUAUCGGAGAAAAGCAAGAAGAAAGUUUGCUGCUUCACUGUGACAAUAAAUCAGCAAUAGCCAUGGCGAAGAAUCCUGUUUUCCACAGUCGAACAAGACAUAUUAAUAUAAAGCACCACUUCAUUCGAAGUGUGAUCGAAGAUGGUGAUGUGCAGUUAGUGUUCUGCAAUUCACAAGAGCAGCUUGCAGACAUUUUUACUAAAGCACUACCAAGAGGAAGAUUUCAGCAACUCAGAGAAGCAAUGGGAGUUAAAGAGCAACGCAUUAAGGGGGAGUGUUAA